AUGACAUACUCAGUCAUUAACUAUCUACAUUUAUCUGUAAUCGAGGUCAAGAAUUUCGCAUACAUGAAGGAGGAUGGUUAUAAUAUUAAAUUAGCUCGUCUUUCUUCCUGCCUUGCCGCUCGGUAUUUUAACGAGAUAAGAACACAUUUAAUCGUAAUGGUCAUAUUAUUACUACGAGGUGGCGCAGCCGAACCCAGUCCACAUCAGUUUAAACACACACCAGGACCUAGUAUAUCCGCUCCCGUUUUUACAGAUCCACUGGAACGCCUGAGCAGUAUUGCUUCGAUUUUCUCCCCUCGCAUGGAUUUCGAUCAAUGGAAACCACUUACAGGUCGCGGAGAUCCAUUGCAUAAUGAUCCCACAUAUGACUACGAGCCACCUAUGCUAGAGAGAGUUCAUUACUGGGCUGAUGACAGCAGACUCGAGAGGGAACAUUACCCAGAAAAGAAAUCCGAAGUCUUAAUGUUGGGAGUGUCAUCGCGUAAACCAAGUGUAUCUUCCCGGCCACCAACGCCUCCAAAAAGAAGCAACUUACCGCCUCCUAAAUAUGAAGAUUAUUCUUAUAAACUCACCGAGUACUAUCCAAUGACAAUAUUAGUGCCACCUCCACCACCUCCUGCAGGCUACAAACCAUCUUUAUUUAUUCCACCAGAAAGUAAAAUAGUACGGCCGACCCCACCUACACACGUAGAGCCUACUUUCCCACCAAGGUAUACAAUUUCCACGCCGGAAUUGAUAACGUCGUUUGCUCUUCAGGAAGCUAACCUUAUCUAUGAAGCAACUGAUAGUAACCAGACGUGGUUUUCGGAAUUUAACAAGACUCACACUGACCCCAGCAAUACAGUAAGCAGUGACUACGCCGGGUGGGGCCCGACCACACCAUUUAACGAAAGAAACAACCACAACGACUUGAGUAAUUUAAUUCCACACAGAGAAUUUAUUGGAGACCUCCUAACACAUUCAUUCUAUAGUACUUCACCCGCAACCAUACAAGACGUUACAGAUCAAACUAUUACAGAAACCACAACAGUAACACCAACGUUCCUACCCACUGUUUUACCACCUGCAAUAUCAACCACUAGCAAUUCUAAAGAAACUUGGCCAUAUUACGAACAAUCUUCAGGUGAAGCUACCACUGAAUCAUCUUUCGACUUUGCAGAAACCGCUACAGACACUGAAACUACUACAGUAAGAUCACAAGCAGGUGCUGUAGAUAAUAUGUUAGGCGCUAUGAUCUCAAUGCCUAUGGUUACAGAUCCAGAAAGGCCAGAAGAUAAUCUUUAUGCUCAUGCAUCAGAAAAUAUACAAGUUUUUAAAGAUCACGUCACAGAAGCAAUUAAAUUGGAAGCAAUGCAAACUAUGCAUCCCCCGCCACCUGUUGCAUUUCAGACUAGUACAUCACCAACUUACAAGCACCAAAUUAAUCCGCAUCACCUUAAUGGCUUAUUACACGAGGAUCAACCUUCACAAACUCACGACCCAUAUUUACACAUGCGGUUUACAACACCAUUGACAACCACUAUAGAGCCAAUACAUGACAAGUCUACUACGGAGAUUUCACCAAUGUAUCUUAUUAUACAGGGACACUCUAAGGUAAAAACUUACGGCUCACAACCAAAUCCUGCGUCUAAUUCUAUUACUGACUUUGAUAUUACUAAACAACAAGAAACACAAGAAGUUAAACAUUUACAUCCAUUAAAAGACAAAUAUUUAAAGAAAACUGAAAUUAAAGAAAAAAACAGAAAAAGCAGAUCACAAAAUCUUACUUCUUUAAUAGAAGCUGGUGUUGGUUCAAUAGAAAUCCAAGAAGCAGAUGUGGGAAUUAAAUAUGAUGUCAGCGACGGAAGUAAGGUACCCGUAGAGAUUUACAGAAAAGGAAUCGUAGAGAAUUAUGAUAGUAACUAUUCUUUUUCAAAGACAAAUCAUAUUAAGCGUGAUAGGCGACAAAUAGAUAUAAAUGAUCUCAUACCGAUCGAUGAAGAUACUAUUGAAGAGUUGGUAUAUAAUUUUUUUGAGACGCGUAAAAAUAACACUGGAUUAACGGGAUUUAUUGCGAAAGCAAUUACAGGUGAUGUGAGUACGGCCGUUCAAUAUGCUCUUAAAGAAGAUAAUGAAGAUCACAGUGAGGCCAAAAGAUAA